AUGUCUAUGCGUUUGUUAUUUGUCGUUUUGUAUACUUUCGUUCUUUGGAAAGUGGUCCAUCUUGAAAAUGCAAGUGAAGUUUAUUUCGAACCAAAGUCAGUUCAUCUUCAGUCAGGUGGAUUUAGAAAAAUAUACAUAGGAUUAAAGGGUACAGCAGAACAUGAUAUUUUUAUUGAGUUUCAAUAUUGGGACCGAAAUGGCUCUGUAAUUUCACUAAAAGAACCAAAUCAUUCUGUUAUUCGGCCCGUUAAUAACGUAACCAUAAGAAAGAUGCAAUCGGAACCUUCGAAUUUCACCGUUUUUGCAAAAACACCUGGUUAUAUAUACUUGGGAAUAAAGCCUGCUCCAAACGUAAACAUUGUGAACUCAGGUAAACCUAUUUUUUCUGUAACUGUGGUGCAUUUUCAUUGGUUAAAUACAUUUCAAAUUGUGAUUGGCUGGAUUUAUUUUGCCGCUUGGACAGUUUCAUUCUACCCUCAGUUCUUUUUGAACUGUAGACGAAAAAGUGUGGUUGGAUUCAAUUUCGACUUUGCUGUGUUGAAUGUGAUCGGAUUUUUAUUCUAUAGUAUCUACAAUAUUGGUUUAUACUGGAUCCCACUUGUUCAGGAUCAAUAUUUGCAAAGAAAUCCUUUGGGAUCAGUACCAGUACUAGAGAAUGAUUUGGCAUUUGCAUUUCAUGCAUUUCUAAUUUCUUUAUUAACAGCUUUACAAAUAUUAUGUUAUGAGCGUGGUGGUCAACGUGUAUCAAAGACAUGUAUAGGAAUAAUAAUAUUAAUCAUUAUCUAUACGAUAAUUGUUUGUAUAUUAGGCGGAGUUCAUUACAUGGAAUGGUUAGAUACGUUCUACUUAUUAUCUUAUGUUAAACUAUUUAUCUCAUUCAUUAAAUAUGCACCUCAGGCUUUAAUGAAUUUUCGUCGCAGGAGUACAGUUGGUUGGAGUAUAGGUAAUAUUAUAUUAGAUUUCACUGGAGGGAUUCUAAGCAUUGCACAAAUGUUGAUUAUAGGAUACAAUACGGAUGAUGUUAGUAGUAUAACUGGAUCACCAAUCAAACUUGGAUUAGGUAUUUUAUCGAUUGGAUUUGAUAUUUUAUUCAUGGUACAACAUUGGUGUUUAUAUCCAUCAUCAACAUCAUCAACAACAGCAUCCUCCUCAUCGUCAUCAUCAUCAGUAACUCCUUCAUCACAGUCAUCAUCAGAGAAACCAAACAAAUCUGAAAAAGCGUAA